CCAUCAGCCUUCUUGUAACCCCCCACCCAGAGAGCGGUCGUGAGGCGGAAUACGGCGCGUUCAAUCAACAAAUGGCCUUCGUGAACAGACAGCUGAUCGGAAGACAUCAAGUUCUGACGUCAUAACCAUCACAAGCACCACCGUUGCAACACCAGCACCAUAAUGCCCAGUCUCCUCUUACGUCACAGCCGACCCCUGCUGCUGGUUCUGCUGGUCAGUCUGACCAUAAGCUAUGUGGCCUCCUCGCGCGUUUUGAAAUCCCGCACGGCACCCAAGAUCAAACAACGCAGCCAGACAAUCCUGGUGUCCUCGGGAAAAGCCACCCUCUUGAACUGUGACGUCAGAGGUCAUCCCAAGCCGUCCAGGACGUGGGAGAGGGCCGGCAAGCCCGUGCGGAGGUAUGGCAGAAGAUUCUCAGUCAACAAGAAGACUUUCGCCCUCCGUAUCUUCCGCCUCAAGCCAGAGGACGAGGGCAACUACACGUGCAUUGCUAAAAAUAGAGCCGGGGUGGCCAACGUCACGUUCACCCUGAUUUUGGCCUCCAAGCCGAGAGUGUCCAUCCUGCCUCUGGAGUCUGACGUCAUCACAGAGAACGACACGGUCAAGGUCACGUGCCGGACACACGCCAGGCCUAAGCCUCACAUCGGCUGGUCGGUCAACAACAGGAUUCUACACUCAGACUCGAAAACGGUGAUCAACAAUGUCCAGCGAAAUGACAGGGUGCUGGAAAGCGAACUGACCAUUGCCCGUGUGAGCUACGAUGACCGCGGCACCUACACCUGCCGGGCCAGCAAUGGGAUGGGCUCGGACAGUGACACGGUGCAUUUGGACGUGCUGUACCCCCCGCACGUACUGUCCCCUCAACCCGAUGACGUAAUACACUGGUGGGACGGACACAUCACCAACCUGACCUGUGACGUCACGGCGAACGACCCGCCAGAGGUCACGUGGCUGUUCACUGACGUCACUGGCGCCACUGUGUCGCUGGCGGGGGAGGAGGAGAGGAGUGAGGACGGCUGUCUGGUCAAGAGCACGGUCGGGGUGGGCCUGAGUGAGGGAGAGAGUCGAGAGCUGUCCGGGACAUACACAUGCCGGGCCGAGAACAACCUGGGCAACCUUACCGUGCAUGAGUUCCACGUGAAUAGGGCUUACGCACCCUCCAGCCUGACCUUGACCCCUCUGACCAUCGCCCCCUAUGAGAUGGUGGUGUCCAUCACUGUCCUGCCCCAGCCGGACACGCCCACCGUGGAGUACAUCCAGGCCCGGUACCGGGAGCAGGGCGACGAGCAGGACGACUUCCAGGUCACGUGUGGUGUAAACAAAGAAGGUUACUGUCACGCCACCCUGCUGGGUGUGAUGCCUGACCGGAAGUACGUGGUUAGUGCCCAGGCCAAGAACAAGGUCGGCCUCGGACAGGAAGUCUCCAUGGUGGUCAAGACAGGUGUCUCCGAAUACGGCUGGACAAUGCACUACACCAGCACCCAGGAUCCGAACGGCGACACCUUGCCCCACACUCCCAGCCCUUCUCCCCCUGUUGCUUUCACUGACCAGCGGUCAUCCACCAGCACCACCACCAGCACCACCACACCCAGCACAGACAUAACAGCUAACAAGUCUUCAUCGCCGCCAGAGAACAACGCCAACGAGGAGUCCACGCCAUCCUACCAACUGCUGGCAGGACCCGAAAAUGACGCCACUUCUGCUCACUCAGCUAUUUGUGUCACCUUGAUCUUGUUAUGUUCUUUUGUAAUUUCCAUAUCCUUUAUAUUACUUUGAUCCUGUUAUGUUCUUUUGUAAUUUCCAUAUCCUUUAUAUACAUCUUUGAUCUUGUUAUGUUCUUUAACUUUUCUUUUUAGUUUAUUUCACUUUCACCUUGUUAUGUUCUUUAGUUUUUUCUGGGGGGGUUUUCCGCCCUGAUCUUGUUCGGUUGUUUAGUCUUUUCUCUGUUUAUUUUGCCUUAACUUUGUUAUGUUCUUUAGUCUUUUCUCUGUCGUUUAUUUUGGCUUGACCUUGUUAUGUUCUUUGGCUAUUUAUGUCAUGUUAAUUAUGUUCUGUUCUUUAGUUGGUUUAUUUCAGCUUACUUUUGUUAUGCACUUUUGUAUAUUCUCUGCUGUCUAUAUGACCAUAACGUAGUUGUAUCCUUCCUGUUCUUAAGUCUCUAUUCUGUAGUUCAAUUCAUUUUGGCCUCGUUAUGUUCUUUAGCUAUUUAUUAAUUUUCACCUUGCGUUAUUUCUUCGUCUGCUCAAUUUUAACAACUCUGUUAUGUAUCCUGUGAUGCCAAUGCCAUGCCACUGUCAUUGUAAUUGGUAAGUGAGUAAUAUACAAAUCGUCGUGUGAUGACUUGACAGUUCAUUUGAUUAUAAGAUAUUAUGAUUAUCUCGACGCCAGCUUUGCUUAAGCAUCGAUAAUUAAGUACAGUUGGGCACAUUUGACAUGAACACAGAAAACUGAAAGUCAUUAAUAGCUCGUACAAUUUGCGAUUUCCUUACU